AUGUUAAGAGCACAAAUUGAUAUUGCCCAUGAAAACAAAUGCAUGGAUGCUCUUACCGAAUCAACACAAAAGGUCAAAUUCCUCAAGGAACAAUUAAAGAAUGCUAUGAUUGAGCUUUCCAAGCUCUUUCCAAAAGGCGUGAAUGUAAAUAAAAAACAUCCCCUGGAUAAGCUGCAACUGAUUGAUGCAAAAAUGAAGUCAGCUGUUUUGAAGUUAAAUGAAGUUUUAGAUUUUACGCAUACCCUAGCUAUUGCGCAACAAGGGGGGAUGAUGAAGGAGAAGGAAAAGCGAAUGAAGGGUAAUAUAUCUUCUGGAUCAGGGAAAGGAAAGGUGAAUCUUGUCUUGGAAGAAAAUGAUGAUUUGAAUCCUAAUUUAUUAGAAACAGAAUUGAAAGAAAGAGAAAAACGUGACAAAAAGCUUUAUGCCUUGAACAUCUUAAAGACAAAAAUUAUUGCAGAAGAAGCUAAAGAGAAGAAUGUUGAGGAAACUCUUACUACAAAGAAGGCUAUGUUUCUGUAG